AUGUCUAUGAUAAAAAAAGCAGAUUUCAAAAUCAUUCAGAGUUUUCAAUCUAAACUGGGAUGGGAUUUCAAAGCACUUGCCUUAAAGGUGAGCGAGAUAUUAAUGAUACACGAAGAAUGUAUGAAUAUCAGGAUCAUAAACAAUGAUUUAAUCCCCAAAAUAAUGUUCAGCUAGCAUAAAUAUUUGUGGUUUCAAGUUGAUGCUGAGGUAUAGAAUGAGAUAAGUUGUCCAAUCAAGAUCUGGCAGUUUUUAGAUCUCAACAGCAAUAAAGUUAUUAUUCUAGUCAUUAGAGAAGUAUACUAUUUUGAACUGAUGUAGGUUCAGUUAAUGGGUUUAGCAACAGAGAGAUACUUGCACCAACUCAGAUUUUCUUUAGGAUUUAUUGAAGUGAAUCAUGAUGAUAAAAUUCCAUAUAUAGAGAUAAAGUGGAUGGAUAGCGGACUUUUGACUCAAAAAUUCGUCAAUGAUCUAGAUGCAUUCCUCAGUCUUAAUAAUGAGUCCUCUCUCUUCUAGUGUGAUUACAAGAAUGAAGAACUAAAGGAGCUUUCACCCGCAAACUCAUUAUAUAAGAACUUUAGCAACCCUCUAAAUUCUCCUAAGUGCUAAGUCAAAGCUAAUUCUAAGAACCCGUCCCCACCAGGUAGUUAAAGCAAAAGUAAAAGCUUUUUUCAAAGAAUAAUUUCAAAUAAUAAUGCCAACCCCAGUGGAAAGACUAGCAUCUCUAUGAAAUCUUUUCAUUCUAAGUAUAGAGAGAUUAUAAGAUAAUCAAUGCUAGAAAAGAGUUCUUACAAACAUCAACAGCCAAUCGUGCCUACUGCAAAUGCUCAUAAAUCUAUAACACUCCUUAACUAUGGCGAUACAUUUCAGCCAAGAGAAAGAUUAAAAUCUAAAUUCUCCUAAAUAUGUGAGGUAACUGAAGAUGAUAAACACUCUGAGUUCUAAAUGACUAACACUUUCGAAAAGCAACAAACCUUCAAGUUGACGGAGUUAGCUAAUCUGGCCAGCUCAUUUAUAUAAGAGUAAGUGAGCAAGGAUUCGAUGCUUAACAUUACCAGCUAAACUGAGUUAAAAGCAGCAGAUAAUCUGUUUUCAAGGCAAGUUAAGUUUAAAGGAUUUCAAGAUUUUGAUAAUUAUCUGUUCUGUGGAGACAUCAUAUUCCCAGAGUAAAGUGACUUCUUUGAUUCAUAUGCUUACAAGCACUGUUGUGUAUAUCUUGAUGAAAACAGAGUCUUCAAGGUGUCGAUUAUGGAUGGAUUGGAUAAUGAUUUCUAUCAAAUUCAAGCUCUUGACUAAUUUACACAAGAUUAGAAAGCUGUUAUUGUACUUAGAAAUGAAAUGAAUCUCUGCUCUGAUGAUGAGAUAUACCAAAGAUCAAUUUAAUUUAUAUCAAAGAAGUCGAAGUAUUAGCUUAAUGUGGAGAACUGUGAGAAGAUAGUUAAUAAGAUAGUCUAUGGAAAGCUCUUCAAUAGUAAGAUGCUUAGAAAUAAAAGUCUCUUGAAAAAAAGAAAUUUUCAAUUGUCUCUCACUAAAGUAAUUUUAGCUUUUGAUUGA